AUGGAUGCCGUACUUCGCCAGUCUAAGGCCAUGUGCCCUUUCAUGAAGACGGCUACUCCCGCCACUCUGCGCGCCCUGUCGACUUCGUCUCGUGCCCUUCCGGCUCCCGCCUCGCCAUGUGGUGGCACUAUGUCGAAGCUGCAGCUGCUUGGCCAGCGAUGUCCCGUCAUGGGCAAGGCCAUGGCUGUUCAGACCGCCAAGACCCGCGCUGCUGGCUCUGUUCGUGCUUUCUCUAGCCACUCCAAGACUGGAAAGGCCAAGAUUCACACUUCCAGCAACAAGGAGGCUCGCGCUGUGGAGCGCCCGCUCUUUGAGGGCCGCGACAAUGGCCUCCCUGGCAUUCACGCAAACCGAAAGGCCACAUCUGCUUCGCCGACCGCCUCCGCCGCUGCCGCUGGCUUCCAAUCUCCCGGCAAAUUCGACUACGAAAGCUUCUACAACAAUGAACUCGAGAAGAAGCACAAGGACAAAUCUUACCGCUACUUCAACAACAUCAAUCGCUUGGCCAAGGACUUUCCCCGUGCGCAUAUGUCCGACAAGGAGGAUCGAGUAACUGUGUGGUGCGCCAACGAUUACUUGGGCAUGGGCCGCCACCCCCGUGUUCUUAACACAAUGCACCAAACACUGGAGGAGUAUGGUGCUGGUGCAGGCGGUACUCGAAACAUUUCCGGCCAUAACAAACACGCCGUUGAGCUGGAGGGAACACUGGCCAAGCUGCACGCUAAGGACGGUGCUCUUGUUUUCAGCUCCUGUUAUGUUGCCAACGACGCAACCCUGGCGACACUCGGCAGUAAGUUGCCUGAGUGCGUCAUUCUCUCCGACAGCUUGAACCAUGCUUCUAUGAUUCAGGGUAUCCGACACUCUGGCACCAAGAAGAUUGUCUUUAAGCAUAACGAUGUGCAGGAUCUGGAGGCUAAGCUGGCUUCACUGCCUCUACACGUGCCCAAGAUUAUCGCGUUUGAAUCGGUUUAUAGUAUGUGCGGCUCCAUCGGUCCCAUUGAGGAGAUUUGUGAUCUUGCCGACAAGUACGGCGCCAUCACUUUCCUCGAUGAAGUGCAUGCUGUCGGCAUGUAUGGGCCCCAUGGUGCUGGCGUUGCUGAGCACCUUGACUGGGAGGCUCACGUCAACGGUGCCCCUCGCGGAACCAUCAUGGACCGAAUUGACAUCAUCACUGGCACUCUGGGUAAGGCAUACGGUUGCGUUGGUGGCUACAUCGCUGGUAGUGCCAAGUUCAUCGACAUGAUUCGAUCUCUGGCUCCGGGUUUCAUCUUCACCACUUCUCUACCUCCUGCCACCAUGGCUGGUGCUCGAGCCUCUAUUGAGUAUCAGAUGGAGUACAAUGGUGAUCGAAGACUCCAGCAGCUGCACACUCGCGCCGUCAAGGAGGCUAUGAACGCUCGCGACAUUCCUGUCAUCCCCAAUCCCUCUCAUAUUGUGCCUAUCCUCGUCGGCAACGCUGAGACUGCAAAGGCGGCUUCCGACAUGCUUCUCAAUGACUAUGGGAUCUAUGUUCAAUCCAUCAACUACCCCACUGUUCCAGUUGGCCAGGAGCGUCUUCGAAUUACCCCCACUCCUGGUCAUACCAAGGAGUACCGCGACCAGCUUGUCCAGGCUGUUGAUGAGAUCUGGACUCGUCUUAACAUCAAGCGAACCUCCGACUGGGCCGCCGAGGGUGGUUUCAUUGGUGUUGGCGAAGAGGGCAACGUCCAAGACCCUCUUUGGACUGACAAGCAGCUCAACGUUGAGCAAGCUACCAAGGAGAUCGAGGCCAACGGUCAAGCCGUCAAUGGCGUUACUGAGGCGCUCCUUGAGCUCGAGAACAAGCAGUCUUCCCAGGUUGCCACUGCCGCCUAG